GAAUAUAGUUUGCUCUACAAAAUAACCUUUGGCUGAUCGAACAAAGUAGUUCCCUUUGUCACCCCAGCCUGAAGAACUCUAUCUUAUCAGCCAAUCACCAGAGCUUUGUGGUGGGAAUAACCUAACCAGAGUGCAGGCUGCAUACUUCUGUGGCAGCUCAUUACCUUCCCCAAAAGUCUCAUUGCUGGUGAGCCAUGGAGCUGCUUGUAAAUGUAAGAAAAUGGAUAGAAGAAAACAAAGCUGCUUUUUUGCCCCCCGUCUGCAAUAAGCUUAUGCACUGUCAGCAGCUGAAUGUGAUGUUUGUUGGAGGACCAAACCAAAGGAAGGAUUAUCAUAUUGAAGAAGGAGAAGAGCUCACUGUGAGAAGCAAGCUCCCCACAGACCAGGACACACCAACUCAAAGCGGCACCAGACCCUGCCAGAAAAACAUAUGCAAAACCUGCAUACAUAUCUCCACUGCUCCAGUGAUCAACACCACCCACAACACAUCUUUCAUGCCUAUCACAACAUGUGGUAUACCUCAUCUAGUGCAAGAAAUGCCCCAAUAACAGCUAUAUGGGUAAAACC